CUCCCGCAUAACAUCAAAACUCUUGCCUAAAUAAUCUAUAAGAAAAUGAAGAUGAUAAUCCACAUUUUCUUCAUACUCUCCCUAGUUUCAUCCAUCUCUUUUGCCUCUGUUCAAGACUUUUGUGUAGCUGAUCCCAAGGGUCCUCAAAGCCCAUCAGGGUACUCUUGCAAGAACCCUGACCAAGUCACCGAAAAUGAUUUCGCAUUCUCCGGCCUCGCCAAAGCUGGAAACACUUCAAACAUCAUUAAAGCCGCGGUGACACCAGCAUUUGCGCCUGCUUUCGCAGGCACCAAUGGCCUUGGAGUCUCAAUGGCUCGUCUUGACUUAGCCGGUGGUGGUGUCAUCCCUCUUCACACUCACCCUGGUGCGUCUGAGGUUCUUGUAGUUAUACAAGGAACCAUUUGCGCCGGGUUUAUUUCCUCUGCUAAUAAAGUAUACUUGAAGACUCUCCAGAGAGGGGAUUCUAUGGUGUUUCCUCAAGGGCUUCUUCAUUUUCAGCUUAACUCUGGGAAAGGUCCUGCCUUGGCCUUUGUUGCCUUUGGAAGCUCAUCCCCGGGACUUCAGAUUCUACCAUUUGCUCUGUUUGCAAAUGAUUUGCCUUCAGAACUCGUUGAAGCUACCACCUUCCUUAGUGAUGAACAAGUUAAGAAGCUUAAGGGCGUGCUUGGAGGAACUAACUAAGCUUCUCUUUCGUUUUAUUUUUCUAAGUUUUUGUGUGUGAGUGCGUUUAUGCGUUUUUUUCGAGUUGGUUUAGCAUUCUGAUUUUUACCGUAAUGGUUGUCUUUCUUUUUUUGUUGUUAUUGUUCUCAAUGUCUCAUUUUAUUAUCUCUUUGGGUUAAAUUUUAAUAAGUAAUUGCAUA